AUGGAGCGCGACGACUCUGCAGCGCCGCUGAGCAUCAUCGAGGAGGGCGACGAGCACGACUUGGGCGCCGAGGCCUUCGCGGACAUGGCCAUGGGCGGCAUGGACAUGAGUCUGGAGCUCAACUCGCUGCAGAUCCGCGCCUUCCUGGCUCGUAACGAGGCCCAGAGCGAGAAUUCCGGCGCAUUUACUUCUCAACAUCCUACGAUGAGCGCCUACGAGGCAAUGCGCAACGGCACGGUGCACUAUUCCAGACGAGAGGACAAGGUGCGCGCGCUGCAGGAGCAUCCAGUGGUGGCGUCGGUGGUGGCUGACGGCCGCACGGUGGGCUGCAAGUGCGGACGCAACGUGCGCCUCAACCCACCGUGGUACAUCCUCAAGUUCGAGCAGCACGUGGCCAGCAGGAACUGCUCGUUCCUGAGGCAGAGCAGACCCAGCUCCAAGAAGAGGAAGAGGGCCGAGAUGGAGGCGACAGCGACGGCAGCAGCAGCUUCAGGCGGAAGUGAGAGUGGAGACGCACAGCAGGCAGGGAGUCAAGUGGAGGGUGCUGAGGAGGAGGACGUGGAUGAAAGUGGUGAAUAUUGCUUGCAGUCGGUGGAUGCAGUAUUACGGCGGGAAUUCGGGGUGGUGCAAGACGGUCGGAGGGUAGUUGUGCCUCCUACUGCAGAUGCUCCUGAUGAUCGUGUCCGGAUGUACAAAGGUGCAAUGACGCUGCGUGAAAAUGACCAUUUCACGCGCAUUACGCCUGAUGGGCGUUUUGCAGAGUGCAAGUGCUCGCGGAUAGUGCUGCUUGGCGGGCCGUGGCAACCCGGACAGUUUUUGAUGCAUGUGGCGGACAAGCAGAAGCCGAAGAAGCGAGCGAAAACUGCGUCUGCAUCCACGUCAAAGCGAGGAUCCCCAUCUGGCAUGUCCCCAUCGCCUACAGCAAGGACGAUGAUAUCGGCCGGGGUGCUCAUGAGGCCACCCACGUCUGCAAGUGCGUUGUUACAAGCCCAUAAGGCUAAGAAGAGCUUCCCGCGUGAGAUUCGCUGGGAUGUCGCUCGAGCGCGAGGUCUGCUCCCGUGCCCAGGACUGCGCGAUGAACGUAUGAACACGUUCGUGACGUCUGCAGUGCAACUCACGGGAGGUGCGCGACAACGACAGAAAAUUGCUCGGGAGCUGUUUCCUCACCUCUUUCCUGAUACCUCGGAGUACGACCAGACUGCCGAAGAAGGCAAGGAAAGUGACAUGGAGCAUCGAAGUACGCAGUCUAUCUCGAAGAAGCGCCAGCCAAAGCUCCAGCAACAGCUUCUCGAAGCCGAAAAGAUGUUACUACAUGACGUAAUCGAGGGUGAGGCUCUCUGGUUCGUGGACAAGGAUGGCAACUCCGUGCGAAGUUUGGAUUGCCUGGGAAUAAUCGAUUCAGGGAAAGGCGAAGUCCGAUGUCCGUCGUGUACUGCUCUUCGGACCAACGCUGCUUUGAGAACGGCGGCCGCGACUAAGUAUAAGAUGGCUAAUCGUCCUGGCCCUCCACGGAACCCGAUAAACCGGAAAUUUUGCUCGGGGCGUGUGUGCUCCCUGCUUGAGGCCGAGUUCGACAUGCGAGAACCUUACGCGCGUGUGCUUCGAGAUUUGGCGCUCGCAGAUAUCCCCAGCGCUCUUAACACGUGGAUGGAAAUGGCUUCGAUGAGUCUCUCAGGCGAUUUUGAUUCUCAUCCUGCAUUGCUGGGCUUGACUGAAGCGAUGGUGCGGUUAAAGGACAAGGAGCAACGUGGCGUGGGACUGCAGAACAUGACGUACAGUGAUCUUCUUGAUACAUUUAUGCGUUCGCUGGCCGAUCUAUCGCCUGAAGCGUGCGAGCUCUUCCAGAAGCAUUUGGGUGGAAGGAAACAACGUCAACUGCUGGCAGCAACAUCGAGAUCACUGCUGCCUACCAAGCGUAAGCUGCUACCCCCGACUGGUAACAAUACGCCAAGAGUUGUUCAAGACCAACAGUCGAGUGAUCCGCUGUACGGUGUGUCAACCCCGGCCACUGCAGGGCGCAUCACAAGCGAAGAGGGCUUUGUGCACUUGCUGGACCCUUCCGUUGUUGGCCUCGGGAUGCCGAAUUUAUCGAUUGGCGACAUUCAAGACGUAGACUUGAGCUCGUUUCCGACGUCUGCGGGGAUACAAAGUCACCAGAACAGCAGCGCGGUAAUGCCAAGUGCAUCAUCUCUGGAGACCGAGUCGACCCUUACAGCGGAUUCGUAUCAGUUACCAGUGCCGCGCAAGGAGUCCGACAACCACGAUGACACUAGCACUACUGAUGCAAUUACUGGAGUCGCGGGCUCAGAAGUUACUGUUGCUGCUGGAGGUGAACACGAUCACGAUGGCGAGGUGGAUGAGUCGAAGGACGCUGAGGCUGACGUCCAAAUGGAAAGCGACCCCGCCGCUGUGGCAUUUCUCUCCGAGUUGGCUCCUCCUGAGGAUAACGACGCCAGCAAAGCGGAUGAUGUUGUGAUGCCGAGUGAUCAUGUGCCGUGCACAGGGCUCCGCGACGAAAACGUGCAGGCCUACGUCGCUAAUGCCGUCCAGAUUGUUGGAGGCAGCCGACCUCGCUAUGUAAUUGCUCGCGAGCUCUUCCCACGCGUGUUUGGCAACGACAAGAAAGUGCGUAUUGUGGAGAAGCUCGACGACGAGCAGCGGCUCGUACUGCAGGAUGCCGUGUUCAGCGAGUGUCUCUGGCGUGUGGACAAGGAAGGCCGCUGCGUUCGAAGUCUGCGUUGCAAGCGAUUCGUCCCGGUCUCCGACAACGACGACCGCGCGAAUCCCCAGUACCAAGGUGUGUGCCGAGCCUGCCGCGAUUUGCGUACCGUGCCCAACUUCCGCAGUGUGCUUAGUCGCUCCAAGGUGCCCAAGAAGCUUGAUAACAUCAAGUACGUGCCCAGUGUCUACACUGAAAGUGACCCUUUCCUGCGUAAACUGUCCAAGAACGCGGCAUUCCGAGGCCUUUACCAAACUGUCAAGCGCCUGGCAUCCUCCGCACCCGGCGACAACAGUGAGGCUGGUGCUGAGCGGCUGAAGCGAGUGUACUUCUGGCUGCGGUUCGCUCGCAUGGGCGUGUUCGGGCACUUCAAGUCGCACCCCGUGUUUGAAGGACUCAUGAAGAGCAUGGUGGAGAUCAAGGACAAGGAGCGGCGUGGCGUCGGCAAGCAGAACAUGCAGUACUCGAGAGCACUGGAUGAGUUUAUGCAGAGCAUGGCGCAGAUCUCCACCGAGGCGUUUGAGCUGUUCGCAGCUCAGUUUUGCGGCCGCACUCUGCGGUCUCAGAAGGUCAAGAGGAGGCCCGUCUUCACUGCUCCAAUGCAGCCAGCGGUCGAGGGCACAGCAGCAGAGGAGAAUACCAGUACGGUGGCUCCUUCUACUCAUGAGCCACUGCCGCCACCUGCUGCACUUCAAGCGCAUCAGCACCAGCACUACCUGAUGCCUCCCGACGACCUCCUCAGUGGACGGAGCUUGUCUUCGGAAGAAAGCCAGCGCUUCAUGGACCGCAUGAUGGCUGAAGUGAACCGGGAGAUGGCGCUCGCAGCGGGACGUCGCCCUGAAGACAUCAAUGCCGACUCCGCCGGCCACGAGCAGCCUGCAACCGACGAAGACGACAGCAAUCGCGUCGGUCCAGAGACGUACCUGAACGACGAGGGAGUGCUGACGACCGAGAUUUAG